AUGAACAAUGAAUUUAAAGGAGCAUAUGCUUCCACACAGUUGUUGUCACAAGAAAAUGCCAUUCAGUUCAUUGCACUUGGAGAUGGUGGAGGAGUGCCAUAUGCACCGUAUGUGACAGUAGUUCUGGAUGCAACGGCAGCUGAGAUGGGGAGAGUGGCACAGAGCUCAGGAACAAACUUUGUGCUUAACGUUGGAGACAAUUUUUACUUCCAGGGUGUAAAGAAUGUGAAUGAUUUCAGAUUUAAAGAGACAUUUGAAAAUGUGUUCACGGCUCCAUCCCUUGUUAACAUUCCUUGGUACAUCCUGGCAGGAAAUCAUGAUUAUUUGGGUAAUGUGUCGGCACAGAUUGCUUAUUCUGAGAUCUCGAAGAGAUGGAAAUUUCCCGAUUUCUAUUAUGAUUUGAAAUUCAAGAUUCCAAACACCAAUGUUUCUGCCACUAUCCUGAUGAUUGACACGAUCCUGAUCUGUGGAAACACCUAUGAUGCCAAGCAGCCAAAAGGAGCGGAGAAGCCUGAAAUGGCUCAGAGGCACCUUCAGUGGAUUCAACAGAAAUUGGGAAAUUCCAAGUCUGAUUACUUGGUUGUAGCUGGACACUACCCAGUAUGGUCUAUAGGUGAUCACGGCCCCACUCAUUGCCUUGUGGAGCACUUGAGGCCUCUUCUGAAGAAAUAUAAUGUCACAGUCUACAUCAGUGGGCACGAUCACAGUCUCCAGUUUAUUCGGGAGGAUGAGGGGAUCGCGUACGUCAUCAGUGGAACUGGGACCUUCAUUGACAAAUCCACAGAACAUCAGGAGAAGGUUCCGAAAGACUGGUUACACUUCUCCAAUUCAAACUGCAGCACAUUGGGUGGAUUUGUAUCGAUUAAAAUCACAGCAGACAAUAUGCUGAUCUCUUACAAUCAGCCACACGGAAUGAUGGUUUUUCAAACUGAGUUACCCAAACGCAAACUUUAAACUAAUAACAUUUAAGAAAAUGAUGUCACAAGUAUUUACAACAUGUCACCUUGGAAAGUGAUGUACCUAAACCUCUGCAAUACCUUUGACUGGAGAACUGUUGAGCAUAAGGAGCUGCCAGUGAAUUAACAG